UUGGUGCACGUUUGUUGAUGGGGAAUCGGUUCGUUCGGCCAACCAGUUCCAGUUCCAGCGGCCCGCUGGUGUUAUGAAUGAUUUAGUCGUAGCUUUUCACUCGUCACUGUCGUUUGUUGUUGGCAGAUGCGCCUGGGUCUGAAUCGAGAAACUCUCACCGCGCUGCCGUUCGGAACGCCGUCAACGGGGAACCGCAGGUUUAGAGAUUUCUCUGACUAUACCUAAAGUAAGUGCACAUCAUCUCGUCGUACCUACAUACGUAACCGCAAUUAGUUCCAGAGGUUCGCUCUCCCGUGACGUCGUCGUCGUCGUCGUCCCCCGGUGCGCUGUAGUGUGACCGUCGCGUGGCCCUGCUGUACUCCCUUUCGGAUUCCUGUUUGAUUGUUGGUACUUACAACAUCAAGCGAUUGUCUUCUCGGGUAGUGAAUACCUAUAGUAGUGCAAUUUGCAUAUCUUGCCCGCGCGCCAGGCAACGUUUACGGGAUCUGGCUCCGGGAGUUGAUAUGUGUCACUGCGCCUCGCCGAUAUGGCAGCUCGAAGAUACUCCCUGAGCGAGCGGUUGUUGGGGGUAAUUGGGGCUUGCUAUAGUUACGACCUGGAGUAAACAAGAGCGCGGGUUGAUAGUUAUGUUCUUUGUGUGACAGAAAAGAGUUAGCUUUUUUGCGCUUUGCAUUCAGUUCGGUGUGGAAAUUGUGUAGCAAUUUGCCGUGUUUUCCGACUCUGGUUCAAUUAUAGCGACGGCCGAAGGAAAAAGUCCAAUUUGCAUUUUCGAGGUGCUAAUCCGGAAAGAUUUGGGCAAGAAAAAAUAGUCGAAAAGCAAUUUCUCCAAGGGUGGUAGCCCGUCUGGCACCUAGGCUGGUGACAUCAGAAUAUAAGAGGUUUCAUAUUGCGUGCGUGCGUGACACACAGCAGGCGGUGAUCUAGCGUGUUCAUAGGAGCGCAAUUUUCCAACGCUAAUGCGAUGAUUUUUGGUUACUCUAUUUUGGGAACUUUGCGUCGUGGAUCCUAUUAGAGGUGCCCUUCGAAACUCCAAGUUCAUUUACGAGUGUGUUCCGAAAUUUGAUACGCCGUGGAAAACAAACAAAUAUUCCAAAUCAUUUCCAUAUCGCAGGGCGGAAAACUGAAUUCGACGCGAGCGUACAGCUAACGCUUGUCGUGAUGUAAACGGGCACAUUCCUAUGCAAGCGUCUGGUGGCAAAUCUGCAUUCAAUCAGUGCUGCGGAGUGAUCUACAAUCGGACAAGUUUAAUCUGUAGACAAACGAAGAAACCUGCAAGUUCAAAUUGCAUAGGGUGGAACGCACAUUUUGCGCAUCAUAAAAAUCGAAAGCGUGCUCCCGUUUGUCAUUCACUCUUCGAACGAAUCGAACGACCUAAAGACAGACACGCUCCACAUCACUGCCAAAAGAGAACGCCUCACACGGUUACAAAAUCCAAAAAAAAAAACAGCCCGGAAUAAUGCUGCGAAGUCAUGGCAGCAAUUGCGCCCAGUAUCUACGCUGCCAUCGUAACCUGUCUCGGGUUUGCGUGCUUCGCGCUGAGUGCCACCGCCGUCGGAUUGCCGGUGUGGGCCAACUUCCGAGCUCGGGACGGAUACGAUGAUCAGGGUUACUUUGGACCGUGGAAGCUGUGCCGAAGGUUAACAUAUAACUAUCGGGAGAAAUGCGGCUCGGAAGUGUCACAUCUGCGACCUUCGCACGCCGUAUUCGUCUCAGGCUUAUUGGCCAUGUUUGGUUGUAUAGCGUUCGGUAUCUAUUGUGUGCUGUGCAUACUGCAGAUCGCCAUGAUUUCAUCCCGCGAAAAGGUUUUAAUGCGGUAUACCUCUCUAGUCUUUUUGAAGUUAUUUUUUGCGGUAGUCGGGACAGUGUUAGCCCUGAUAGCUGCCAUCGUGUUCGGUGUAUCGGCCGACAACAGUCGGGGCCAGUUUGAGGUGACCCGUGGUGUGUCAUUCUACGUCCAGCUGAUCGUGGUAGGCUUAGCAAUCGUACUGACUAUACUAGCUGUGCUAGAUGUAUUGUUGGCUCGCCAGAAGGAUGGAGACCCAACGAUGCUACCGACGAUCUCCAGUGCUAGCAGUGGACGAUCUACACCCAUUACGGUUGUUAACCCAGGCUACCGAGACACUCCCCGGGGGAGGGGCAUCCGAGUUGGUAUAUCGGUGACUGAUUCGUCCGGGCGACCUCACACCGGAAGCAGUGCGACGGUCAGCGGUAGUGUUCAAUCGAUGAACACCACCCUGACGUCGAUGUCUGGUGCUUCAUCGGGUAUCAGCACCAAUCGGACGCCGCUGAGGUCCAGUUUGAAGAAACCACGGCCUCCGGGAAGUGCUGAUACGCUAGGUAUUCAGAAUCCGGGCUUCUCGGGUUCCAAUCAGUCACCGCGGCUAUCGCGCAACGGAAGUGUCAAGAAAGUGAGAAUUCAGACGCAUGACACUGAAGUUUAGCAUUUAGGUGUAUGUAUAGUCUAAUCGAAUCGAGGUAUGUCAGGCUGUUCGCGACAAAAUUUGGACACCUUUAAACAUAUUUAACAUCUUACGACAUGACCUUGUGAACAAUUUUCCUCCAAUUCACCCGGUCCAUGGCAACCGUUCUCCAAUUUCUCGGGCAUCCAACAUUCGCCAGAUUUGGCUCCACUCGUUCCUACCGGAUUCGUAGCGAACAUCUGUUUUGCAGGCCAGUCGUUCGACAUUCUCGCAACAUGUCCACCUUUGGAUAUUGGGUUCGCCGUAGAGCCGCGCGAGCUCGUGGUUUAUCCUUCGCCUCCACACUUCGUUCUCCUGCACGCCGGAUCGCAUGGCUGGUGUCAUUGUCUGCAAUUACCAGUGAGCAAAGAUAGACAAAGUCUUCGACUAUCUCCAGCUCGUCGCCGUCGAUUGUGAUCUUGUUAUUACUAGACAAGCGGGCUCGGUCGGUCUCAGACCCGCAGGCCAGCAUAUACUUCAUCCUGGACGUAUUAAUCAUCAACCUAAUCCUUCCUGGUUGCGUUUCAAUUUGCGGUAGAUCUCCUCCACUGCCGCAGAUGAUCUGUCGACUAUGUCAAUGUCGUCGGCAAAGCAUGGAUCUGUUGAAAAUCGCGCCAAGCAUUUUGCCCACCGCUUGUCGAAUAACACCUUCUAGAGCCACGUUGAACAUCGUUCAGGAUAGACCAUCGUCGAAGCCCCUGCGCGAUUCGAAUGAACUCGACAAUUUACCCGAAAUCCGCACACAAAACAGCGUUCCAUCCAUCGUCGCCUUGAUCAGUCUGGUUAGCUUCCAGGAAAAGCCGUUCUCGUCCAUAAUUUUCCAUAGCUUUUCACGGUCGAUUGUGUCGUAUACGGCUUUGAAGUUGAGGAAAAAACGACGAAGAUCUGGUCCGUACCGUAUCUCUAUGAAGCCGACCUGAUGACUUCCCAUGAAUUUGUAUGCUUUGUGGCGUUAGGCGGUGGCCACAGUCCACUUCUUGAUGAUGCGUCAUAUUACCCCCUUCUUUCACUCCUCCGGUAGCUGUGCUGUGUCUCAGAUCCGGACCAUCGACUUGUGUAGGCAAUCGGCCAACUUGUCCGGGCCCAUUUUGAUAAGUUCAGCUGCGAUACCAUCCUUGCCAGCCGAUUUGUUGCUAUUCAGCUGGCGAAUGGCUUCCUUAUCUUCACUCAUCGUUGGGAGUGGCGCCUCUGAGUCGUUGGCUACGUCGCACAGUGAGGUGACCAGUGGACAAAAGUCAAAAAUUUUAGUUUAUCAAACAUUAAAUUCUGUUAAGUUUUGUAUUAAGGUACGAAUCAUAGUAAUCCUAGAGAAUUCAUUCUAUGAUGGCAACAUAGUUCAUUUACCAUUCCUGUAUGUUUAUUCGGUCUCAUGUUUCACUUCUUGUACAACCAGUGACCAGAGUGGACGGUUUUAGUGUUAACAUAAAGAGUGGUCCAUCGAAUCGGAUACGAUUUAUCGGUAAAUUUUUAAUUUUUGAUUUUUCCUUCCAAUAGCUUUUAGGUCGAUAAUGGAAAUUGAACUGGAUAUUGAUAUUGAGUCAAAGUAUAAAAAACCGCAAAGAACUCGACAUUGGGUCGGUUCAAGUUGAAAAUUCUUAUUUUGGAAGCGAACAAACAUUGGCAUUGGGCUGAUCAAGAUGGUAGACUUCGAUAUUGGAUCGAAGUUUGAAUAAUAGGAACUAUUCGAUAUUGGGUCGAAUAAGCUUUGAUAUUGGGUCAAAGUGUUGAAAUACUAAAACUUAUUCGACAUUGGGUCGAAAACUUUGAUAUUGGGUCAAAGUGUUGAAAUACUAAAACUUAUUCGACAUUGGGUCGAAAACUUUGAUAUUGGGUCAAAGUUCUGAAUGCGAUAAAGAAACAUUUUGCUAUUGGGUCGAAAUGUAAAACGAACUUAUUCGACAUUGGGUCAAAAAAAAAAAAUUGAUAUUGGAUCGAUUUCAACCACGCAUUUUGAAAAUUUUGAUAUUGGGUCAAUAUUUUCAUACAUAUACAUUUUCCCGAACGCCGAUUUGUGAUCGGCUUUGCUUGAACGAAAUGAUUUGGGCUGUUCGAACAUGCUUUCCAAAAUGGCGAUGAUGUGUGUUUUUGAUUCAAACUGGAAUAAAUUUUCAUUGUUUUCCUGGCUUGUAGCAUAUCCGUCACCUAAAACCCAACAAUCUACAGUGAUGGAUGACCAUUCGGUAGGUUAAAUUUUUACUAUGUUGAAUAUUUAAUAUCAAGCUUACCCACACAGGUAUUCGAAAUCGAGCCACAAGCUGUUCUAAGAAGUGAUUUCGAAUUACAAUAUUUCGGUGGCGGUGGAAGUUAGCAGAUAGUUUAAUGACCGGUCUCCUUUUAAAAAGGUAAUUCAGAAGUGUUGUCCUAACAUCGAGCCACAGCGUGCUCCUGGAUUUGCUAAUCAGUGAUCCCUUAACCAGCUGGCAGACGCAACAAUUUCAUUUUCGACUGGAGUAAUGAUGAAAUCAUAGACCAAUUCCUAUGUUGAAAUAAUUGGCGGCGUAGUCGUGCUUGAAAAUAAUCCAACCAUCAUGCUAGAGCGAGAUGUAAGAAAAGACGCACAAUGGAAUUCAUUCAAAAUGAUUUUUUUCUCGAAAACGUUAAUAAAUAAAUCAAAGCAAGCUUUUUCCUCGCCUAGCAACCGCCUAGCGACAGACAUGCACAAACCGUUGGAUAGUUUAAAAGGUGGCUGUGUAGGAAAACGCAUAUGAAAUCAUGGUGUGUCGAAAUACAACUGUAGUUUUUUUUCUGUACGACAGGGAUAUUUCUUUAGGUAUGAAAAUCAAGUUUGAUUUGAAAGCCCACGGUAAAGAAAGAUAAUUUUCAUGUUUUGGGGCCAUAUCGUUUCCAGAAGAAACAUGUUGUUUAGUCAAUCAACAUGAUACAUUGGGUCAGCUCUUUUUAUCACUACCUACUUGGUGCUGCCUGCCUCAGGUGGCAAUUAUAUUUACCCGACAUUAAAAUAUACUAAAAUAAACUCAACGGACUAGAAUGAUAGGGGAGAAAGCUUCUCUAAUGUUGAGUAAUCACUGCAGGAAACACAAAAAGUGGUUCGUUAGAGUUGCAAAAAAAAAACUGGAUGAGGUUUGCAAUGUUAAAAAUGUCGUCUUUUUUUCAGCAUCGCCAUUGAAAUUAUUAUUCGAGGAAAUUAGUCAAGUUCCUCCAUAUAAUGUCAAAGAACGUUGAAUGAAGAAGAAAAUUUUUACCAUAAGUUGUCAAUGAUUCUGUAAUUCAACAAGAUAUUUUUGUGAUGAGAUUUAUUGACAUUUAUAAUUGCUGCCACGGCCGUCGAAACUUGGAACUUCGAUAACAUUACUUUCCAAGGGAAGAAUGCAGUUUCCAGCGUGUUAGCCUAAACUAAUGUAGGUAAUCAAUGAAUUGCGAUUUUUCUCGAAAGAACACAAAAUUAGCUAUAUUUCACAAUAUCUCUAGGAUAUGUGACUAGGCCUAACAAACCAAAACCUUGAGCAUUGAAGUCAGAAUGAUCUGGUAAAUUAUUUUAGUGGCCUCGAAGCGUUCUUAGCAUCUUAUGUUUGUUUGUUUCGAUUAUAGUCGCUUUACCAUCUUUUUGGUAUUCGCGACUUUAUAUCAACGUUGCAGUUGGCGGACAGUUUUGGAAAAAUUGAUUCGGUAUAACUGUGUUCGAUGUUUACUCUUGGAUCGAACUCACAGUAAUGGGCGGACCAUUACGGAUGAACGAAAAGACAAUUUCUCUUGUGAAGGACAGGAAAUUUAUUUCAUUUUUACCAUCAUUACAGUUUUAACCGCGAAAAAAUGUAUCCUUUUUGUGAGGAACUUUACACAUUUGGCAACAGUAAGCAAAUUACAUAAUAAUAAAUAGUACAUGGACUUCAAGUUAAGGUGAUUAAUAUUGUCGAGAUUCAUCAAAACCCAAUAAGACCCUCUGACCAUAGUGAAAACUUAAAAGGUUUGUUGGUUUAUUUGUCUGAGAUUUUUACACUCUUGUGUUUUUCAUCCCUGAUCAAUCAAGAAGGAUAUAUUGUUGUUGUGUUGUAAGAAAAACAACUUCCAGUGUAAGUAAACUUGAGAAAUAAAUAUGUAUUGUCUACGAGUAGUUUGGAAAAUUACCGAUCUAAGAGACAUGAACCGUCUUAGCCGAUUUAGGAUCUAAAGAAACAAAUUCUAUUUGUGGUCAAAAAUGAAAUUUUUAUUAAUAUUUGGUGCCGUUUUUUUUUAAAUUUCAGAUUUGCGGCGUGUAAGAAUUAAAACCAAACUAUUGAAACAUUGUGAAUAUUAUAGUGAACGUUAGCACAACAAUCAAAUCUAUUUUAACGAGGAGUUUUAUUGCCUAUAUUAAAUUUCUCCUCAAUCACCGAGGAAGAACAUCUACUUAGGUAGGAGGACAAGUUCAAUAGCGAAUGGUUCAUUUGAACAGUAACCUCUGAUAACUCUAUCUGAGGACACAUUUCUCAUUCACAGAAAUUCGCAACAAUCACAUAAUUAAUCUUCAUGUAAAUUUGCAAACUUUUCUACACAUGAUAUUAUGAAUUACAGAAGCCUGCAGAAGAAUAAAAAUGAUACUUAAGCUGCUUCGCCAAUAUUCAAAAUUUAAAAACAUGAUAGAUAAUAUGAGUCUUGGAGUUUAUGUAUAGAAUGUGGAACUACAUAAAUUGGUGUUUGUAAACUUGACAUUUUCAACACAAUUGAUGCUCAAAGACUGUGAACGAACCACCUCGAAUUGUGAAAAGCCGGACGACUUACGCUAUCUCAGUUAGAUAUAUUAAGAACUGUGAUGCAGCUUUCAACUUCACGCGUUAUAAAACGAAAGAUGUGUAAAUAGAAUAAAAAAUUUAAAGAAGCAAUACCGUUGAAGUAGGUAAUACAUUAAAAGUGAUUCCAAUAAGAUUAUAUUCGCACACAAAUUAGGAAAGAGUGGAAUAUCAGAUCCAAUAGGCGCUGAAUCUUUAGUUAAAAUUUGAAUAUAUAUCCACUGCAGUGAAGGCAGUUAACGUUAUCAACAAGUCGAAAGACGCUUAUAUUCUAUUCUUCAUCACAAACAUCAGAUAUAGCAGAUUUACGCGACUUCAUACAAUUGUUUCUUGGUCUUCGAAUUGAAGAAAACGAGAUAGAAAUCUUUUUUGUCUUAAACGUCUAUUCGGGCGGGGGAGUAUGUUAAGUUUUGUAUUAAGGUACGAAUCAUAGUAAUCCUAGAGAAUUCAUUCUAUGAUGGCAACAUAGUUCAUUUACCAUUCCUGUAUGUUUAUUCGGUCUCAUGUUUCACUUCUUGUACAACCAGUGACCAGAGUGGACGGUUUUAGUGUUAACAAAUUCAACUUUACCAAUCGAUUGGAAAGAGGUUGGAGUUUCAUGAACGGACAUGCUUUUGACAUAAUUUUGCUUCCUACACGCGCAGCAUUGGUUCAAAGUCGAUGCAUUAAGAAGGCAAGAAACAAAACUUUUUCUUCGAAAACAUACACUUUUUUUGAAACUUUUGUUUACCGUUGACAAGUUUCGCAGCAAAUUCAAAUUCUUCGUUCUACAAGUUGAAGAUUUAAACUCAACGCAUGGCGUAUUGUGUUUUUUGAGUGAGAAAAAUUCGUUUUUGGUCUUUAAAGCUACCUCUGAAUCUACCAUUAUUUUAGUAAAUUUCAUCAACAAAAAUUGCUCAACUUCAGCUAGACAGAACAAAUUCGCGUCACAAGACGUCACUACCAUUUUACACUCAAUCGCUAGGGAAUUUCAUCCUGAUUACCCACUAUGCUUGCUGAAUUGCGUUUUUUUGCGCUAACAGAAAUAUGAGCAGUUUACGGAGGGUCAUUUUUAUGCCUCAGGAAUGAUUUUUUUUCGAAAAAGAACCGCUGUGGUAAAACAAGACCGAAAUCAAGUGAAUUUUUCUUCUUGAACUUAUCAGUAUUAUAUUUUAAAAAAAUAUUUUAAAUAAAAAUGGACUUUUUAUAUGGUUGUGGCUUUGAAUUCUUAUUGAAAAAUUAUAAGAAGCUUUGUGGUUUGAAUUUUGAAAUAUUUUGACCUAAGAUGAGGCAUACAUCGGCCAAGUUCCCGUGAAUACCAUAUUCGCUAGAAAAGGAAAUUGUUGUAUUCAGUUAUUUUCUAUGUGUAACAUUAUCAGUACCAAACUUAAUGGUUCAUGAAAGCAAAUAUUUGACAGAUCCAAUAGAUCUUUCAUAAGAAAGAUUGAAAAUCCUCAAAAUAUGGGUUUUUUGAGUCAUGGAUUGUAAGGCUUAAAAAAUCAAAUUGAGACAAAACCUUCAAAACACAGUUUUUCUGACGUAUUUUCUGACGUAUUUUCAAAACACAGUUUUUCUGACGUAUUUUCAAUAAUUGAACAUUUAAACAAAUAUUUUAUAGAAUUAAAACUGUUUACGACUUUUGUCCAUCGGCUCUAUGGGAUCACCGCACUGUGCGUCGGCGAUGUACACUCCCCCAUCGUCUUGGUCUCCUGUAUGUGCGCCGUUCAGGUGUUCACGAAGUGCUGCUUCCACCUUUUGAUCAUCUCAAGAUUGUCCGUCAGGGCGCCUCCGUCCUUAUCUCGGCACAUUUCGGCUUUGCGGGAUGCCUUGAGCUUCUGAUAGAACUUUCGUGUUGUUUAUUUUAACUCUUGGCCCCUAUCUUAUAGUGUUUUCGUUUAUUGACAGUGGCAACCUAGUUAUCCACGAGUUUUGCCCUAACUGCUGUUAUUGUGUUCGUUUAUUAAUUCAGAAGUCCACUAGUUUUGCCCGAGGUUUGAACCUCAAGCAGUCGGUUGCACCCCGUAAAAGUUGUCAGUGUUGGGGGUCAGCAUAAGGUUGACUAUAGCAACUAUAUAUUUGCAUCGUCCCGGGUGACGAUUCUGUUUGUUUAUUCAGAGAUAAUUUUGCCCCGCGCCAGUGGAGAAAAACGAAAACGGCAUUAGAUUCAGUCGGCAUGCUUUGAUUCAAAUUAACCACUCAUCUCAGAAUUUGAAUUCAGACUCAAUCACUCAAUAUUUACCGAACUUUCACAGUUAGUUCAUUCACAAAUACCGGUUGCUCGGUAAAAAUACUCAGUUAUUGGUCCAAAAUUACCAGUUGUUUGGUUGCAUUUACCGAACAAUCGAAAAUAAUAUCGCCCAAAUGGUUUUACAAUUCAGAAUCCAACUUCAGAGUAAGGAUCCAGAAUUGAGAUUUAAAUGAUUGUUUCAGUUUCAUAACU